AUGCGUUUAACUGUUGUGCUGCUUCUUGGUGCUCUGUGCAUUGCAUUUAGCGACGCGUUGCCGUUGGAUGAAAAUGUCCAGGAUAAUGCCCUAGUGUCGCUGCUCAGUCUGGCCGAUCAGGGCGAAGCACACGCCAACGAGGGAGGACGUGAGGAGCGCGCCUUUUGUUGUGGUGGUGGAUAUAGGCGACGUGGUGGCUACGGUUACGGUGGUGGUUACGGUUACGGCUACGGAUACGGUGGUGGCUACGGUGGUGGCUACGGCCACGGUGGCUACGGCUACCGUCGUGGUGGCUAUGGUCGCCGUAAAUGGGGUUAUGGUCGCUAA